GAAAAACGCAGAACGCGCAUUACAAAUCAGUGCUUCGAAAAAACUAUAAUUUAAACUCGUUAAUUUGCAUAAUGCCACGCGUUAGCGUACUAUUGUUUCUCUUAAUUACGUGUGCGGCAUAUUUAGCUAUCUGUGAUCACUGCUGCGUAAUCAAUUAUCACGAGUUGCCGCGAUACAAUCUAAUAAAGACCAACUGGCGCUCGAAUCAACCGAUUAUAUCGCGGAAAGUGGUUUUUAAUGUAGAAAAGUGCGAGGAAUUCGCAGCGUCGAAGAGGGCUCUCGCCUUCAAUCUUGUUUCGACGAGGAAUCGUGCCGGAAAGAGAGAAAAUAUGUGCCAGGCUCUUCAAUGUCCCGAAGAUCGCAAUAUGACUACUCUUGUGCCCGCAGCAAAUUAUAAAUAUUACAGCAUGUACUCGGUUUCUUCUUUGCCUGAGAACACUACGAUAGAAUGCAUCCCUAAAGCGGGAAUGUUCAUAUUCUCAUCCGAGAGCUUGAAUUACACGCAAGCACAAAGUUUCUGCCGUAAACGAAACUCAUCUCUCGCGCACGUGAUUAGCGAGGAACGCACGGAAGGCUUGGUCAAAUUCGUGUCGCAAAAUCGUCCCAGCUUCGUGGGUCUCAGUAACAAGGAAGGAAUCUGGAAAAACGAUUUUGGCGAAUCCCUGUCUUGCUUCGAUUAUCGAGCCUGGGGCGAGGGGCAACCAUCGCACAGGGGUUGUGUUACUCUCGUGAAUCCACCUGCCGAAAGUUCACCCCCCUUCUGGAAAGUGGUGCCCUGUUACGUAUCGUUGCCGUUUAUUUGCGAAAUAUCACCAUCGUCUCAACGAUCGUCGCAAAAACAUAAUAAAAGUCGUCAUCGCACAUAACUCGAAUGUCACAAUAAGAUAUUAUUAAUCAAUUACACGUAAAAAUGUGAUGAAAAAUUGC